AUGUUGGGCCGGGAAGGUGGCAGAAAGAAGCCCCUGAAACAGCCCAAGAACCAGGCCAAGGAAGUGGACGAGGAAGAUAAGGCUUCCAAGCAGAAACAAAAAGAGGAGCAGAAGAAACUCGAGGAGCUAAAAGCCAAGGCCGCGGGGAAGGAACCCCUGGCCACAGGUGGAAUUAAGAAAUCUGGCAAAAGUAAGCUGUUCCUCAUAUCUGAGAUGAUGGUGACCCUCUUCCAUUCCUAUUUAAACAUCUGGAUUCCCUGCCAUAACAUCUUUGCCAUCUACAGCUAG